UCUUUCCAGGUUCUGGGGCCAGAAUUAGCAAGAAUUGUUCCAUCUGUCACAAGGUGACCGCCCCCACCCCUCCCCCACAGCACGGGGCCAGCAAGGAGGCAGCACCCACAAAGAGGAAGGGGAAGCUUGGGAACCUCAGAGCAGAGCCAGCCCUGCUCGCAUCCUGUGCCCCGGUCCGGGUCGGCCAGCAGCCCCCCUCCCACUGGGACCACCAUGAGCCCCGCCCUCUCUGCCCUGCUGUGCCUCGGGCUGUGUCUGGGCCACAGGAUGAGGGCGCAGGAAGACGAGCUCCCCAGACCCUCCCUCAGAGCAGAGAAUGGGUCCCUGGGGCCCCUCGGGAGAAGCGUGACCUUCAGGUGCCGGGGGUCACCGGGGGCUGCUGAAUACUUUCUGGAGAAAGAGCUGGGAUCUGGAUUUCUACGUAUCGGCUCCAAGCUGUCACAGGAAGAUGAGGUCGAGUUUUCCAUCCCAUCGAUGACACUGAAUCACGCAGGGACCUACUUCUGUCGCUACAGAACAGCGUCCGACUGGUCAGAGCUCAGUGACCCCCUGGAGCUGGUGGCCACGGACCGCUAUGGCCCCCCCUCCCUCUCGGCCUGGCCCAGCUCCGCGGUGGCCGAAGGAGAGGCCGUGACCCUCCGGUGCUAUUCAGGGAAUCGCUAUGACCGCUCUGCCCUGUACAAGGAUGGAGAACAAGUCACCAAAGCCCCGGCCCAGCUCCUUGCUCAGGGCUCUCAGGCCGAUUUCCCUAUCCCUGCUGUGAACUUCACCCAUGGAGGGACGUACCGAUGCUACAGCUUUCAGAGUCACUCCCCCCAUGAGUGGUCAGCCCCCAGUGACCCCCUGGAGCUCAGGGUCACAGGAACCUCAAAGGAUUCUUCCCUCCCCCACAGCCCUGGAGGCACCCAAGCUCUGACCCCCUCCCCACCCACUGGAAGCACCAGAGAGAGCUCCUGGCCCCUCACCCCUCCUCUGCCCAACAAGGCCUCCCACGAACACAGCACAGCCUCAGGGCCCCAAGACAGAGGGGGAAGCUCAGGGUCCUGGGGACAGCCAGGACAAGGGGUCCUGAGGAUUCAGAGGGACCCUCCUCCUACCCCAGCUUCUCCCUUCUCCCUGGGUCCCUUCCCAAGCUCAGAUCCAGCUAGGAGAGGGCUCUCGGGCAUCAUGGGAGCAUCAAAUCUCUCAACUGGACAGACAGCAGAGAUCAUGAGCACACAUGCCCAUUGCACAAAUGGAAAAGUGAGAACCCGAGAAGGGAGGCUCUUGUCCAACAUCCCACAUGCAGAAAGUCUGGGCAGAGCUGGGGCUCCCUCCAGGGGCCUCCCCUGCCCAGCCCCUGACCCUGACCCUUCCUCAUCCACAGAGACAAACACUCAGAGCCCUGAAGCUGAGCCCUGGCUGUUUGGUCUCUCUAAGACACAUGCCAGCAUCUUGCUGGGCGCCUCAGCGCUGCUCAUCCUGCUCUUCCUCCUCCUCCUCCUCCUCUUCUGCUGCCGCCGCCAUCGGGCCAGAAUCAGCAAUGGGAGCAGAGGGGCAGAGGGCAAGAAGACCCCCAAGAGCUCAGACCCAGCUGCGACCCCCAUGGAGGAGACGCUGUACGCUGCUGUGGAGGAUGGCGGGCAGACAGAGGCCACGCGGGAGGACACAGCCGCUCCCCGCGGGGAAGACCCUCAGCAAGUGACCUACGCCCAGCUGGACCUCCGCAGGCUCGGGGCGGGGGCCGAGGAGCUUCCCCCUUCGGCCCCGGAGGCUCCCAGCCUCUACGCCGCCCUGCGCUGAGCCCGGGCCCAAAGGGAGGAGCCCCGCCCCCGCAGCCUCUGUCCCGCCCAGGCAGCCGGACCCGCGGUGAGGAGCCCGCUCGUUGCCCCAG